ACACUCAGUGUUGAUCAGAGUGCCGGGGCGAGUGUGUGUACAUACUCCUCUCUCUAACUCUCUCACUAAACUCUACACCGCACUUUCUACCACCUCCCGAUACUAUAAAUUAUGUGUGUGCAGUAUUUGUGUGGUGAAGCAGUGUUUGAGGCCGCUCACCCUCCCACGUGAGGCUGACCCGCCCUGACACAUCACGGCAGAUGUAGAAAGUUACGACUUGUUCAUCGUGAAAACCUGAAUGGUUGUGUCUGGAGGAAGUGUUAAGAUAACAAGGUGAAACUCCUGAUAGACAGUGUCGUCAGAGGAGCCAAUCUGUCUCCUGUUUACAAUAUAUAUCACCAAAUCAAGUCGUCAUAGUGAAACGAAGGUUGUGUGAUGGAGGAGGCUGAAGAGUCGUCAUUAUAGGCAUUCACAACCACACCAUGAGCCACACCACGAUCAGGUUAUGUUGAGCAGGCUCUUGGGGCGUCAGAGGCAAGUGAUCAACGGGGGCCAUACGGUACUUGGGCCCCUGGUACGGAGGUGGUGGCACGUUAUGCUUUUACUGGUACGUCUACAGAAGACUUGCCCUUCACCAAGAUGGAGAGAUUAUCAAUUGUUAAGCCAACCAAUGAUCCAAACUGGGUAAAAGCAAGGAACAGAGAAGGAGUAGAAGGCAUGAUACCAACAUCGUACGUGAUGGAGUGUAAAAAAGAAGUAAAGCUCAAUACCAUGGCCUGGUUCCAUGGUAAAAUUAGUAGAGAUGAAGCAGAAAACCUACUGACUCCACCUGAGGAUGGUCUUUUCCUUGUCCGAGAAUCUACUAACUUUCCUGGAGACUAUACUCUGUGUGUGUGUUAUGAGGGCAAGGUUGAGCAUUAUAGAGUUAUAUACAAAGAUAGCAAGUUAACCAUUGAUGAAGAGGAAUAUUUUGAACAUCUAACAAAACUUGUUGAGCACUAUGAGCAGGAUGCUGAUGGAUUGUGUACUCAGCUGAAGCGAUCAGUGCCAAAACAAGGCAGACGUGAAUAUGCAGCCGAUGCAGUAAAUGCCUUCAAAGCUGCAGGCUGGUCCAUAAACAGACAAGAAUUAAAGUUGCUGGACUCUAUAGGAAAAGGAGAAUUUGGUGAUGUAUUGCUUGGUGAAUGGUUAGGACAGAAGGUCGCUGUCAAGAGACUGAAGGACAGCAGCAGAGCAGCCCAAGGCUUGUUAGAAGAGGCCUCGCUUAUGACGAGUUUGAAGCACAACAAUUUAGUGAAUCUUUUGGGUCUGGUAUUUGAAGAUUCUUGCAUACUUCUGGUGACAGAGUUUAUGAGCAAAGGUUCACUAGUGGAUUACCUACGGUCACGGGGAAGACUACAUGUUACUAAAAGAGACCAGAUCAACUUUGCUUGUGACACUUGUAGUGGAAUGGCAUACUUGGAGUCGCAGAAGGUUGUUCAUCGUGACUUGGCGGCACGUAAUGUCCUUAUAAGCGAGGAUGGGGUAGCCAAAGUGUGUGACUUUGGCCUGGCCCAUGAAAUGAACCUCAAGUUGGAUGGUGGAAAAUUCCCAAUUAAAUGGACUGCACCAGAGGCUCUCAGACACAGUAAAUUUUCAAACAAAUCUGAUAUGUGGUCAUUUGGUAUUCUUCUCUGGGAGAUCUACUCCUUCGGUAGAGUUCCGUACCCAAGAAUUCCACUGGCAGACGUGAUGAAGCAUGUUGAGAAGGGUUACCGUAUGGAAGCCCCUGACUGUUGUCCCCCAGAGGUGUAUCAGUUGAUGAAGGAGUCUUGGGAUUUGGAUCCUCACCUGCGGCCCACAUUCCACGAGGCAUGUAAACGUUUGGCACAGCUGAAACAUUCGACUUUGGCAUGACCUAGUUUUUCUAGCAUAAAUAUAUUCAAUUGGUGCCAAUUGUAGUGUCCAUUUUGGUGUAGUAACUGAAAUGAAUAAUAGUUGCCAGAUAGAAAAAAUGGGUGAUAUAAACAUUAUACAAAUGUACUAUAGUGCUAAUAGGCAAAGUGAUUCUUGCAGAAAAAAUAAAUUGCUUCCAGCCACUUGAAAAAUAAUGCUGGACUAAAGAAGUAACUUUGUAAUGGUUUCAUUACAUGUGUAUAAAACCAAUCAGGUAUUAGCCCAGGACAUCUGAGCCUCUUGUCCCUCCACACUUGCUUCAAAUAGUGUCUUGUGUCUUGAGUACAUGACAAUCUUUAAAUUGAUUGUCUUUCCAUUAUGAUUUUAGUCAGCCAUUAUAUAGAGCAAGAACGGAUGUGUAUUUGGUGUCAGUGUUUCAUGUAAUGGCCUCUUGCUUUAGGAGAUGGUGCAACACGUUAUUUCUCCUCCUCAAUAGCUUUAUAUAGCAGUGAGCUGUGGUGGAAACCAUUUGUUAUAUUUGGAAAUUGUGUAUGUUCCUGUGUAGUGUACAGCUGAGAGUAUAUAUUAUUGGUACAGUACUUGUGUAUUAUAGUUAGUAUAUUUUCCUGAUUUUCCAUGCAUAGAUCAGCAGUAUGUGCUUUUUGUAGCACUUGUAUCAAGACAAAAUCAUAGUUAGUAAACACACUUAUGUUGAGUACAACCCUUGUAUAAAGCACAGCCAAACCUCUGCACAUACAUGGAAACAUUUUUUGAUGUUGCUUGCUGAAUUUUUUAACCUAACAAAAUGUAUGUAUUUUUAAUAAAAAAAUAAAAGUAAAAAAAUGAAGCAAGCAGAUCAGUGUUGUGGUAACAUUUAGUGUUACAUGUGCAGUUGUCAAGUGUUGCUGAACUGAGUGUGUUCACCAAGUAUGGUCCUUGUUGUGUCAAAAUACUUUAAGAGACAAGUGCUCUGUUAAACUUCUGCUCUGAGCACUCUUCUAACUUCUGAUCUUAUCAUAUAUAUUUAUAAACAUUGUCUUAAUACGUUUUUAGAAUGUAUGAUUUAUUUGAUUAUUUUUUAUGAUUUAAUAAUUGAGAAUUGUAUAAUGUUUAGAAGAUAUACGUGAUACUCCAUGAUUAAGACUUAAAUGUGCAUAGAAAUAUAUCAUAAAUGGCCACAGUACAUUUACAUUUGUAUUUUUUAAGUCAUAGAAUUUUAUCUUUUAAACAUGUUCUUAUGUCUUUAUUCACAUAAUUUAGAUAUUCAAAAAUAGAAUUGUUAAAUAAUCAAAUAUUUACUGGAGCUAAAGUUCACCAGCUCAUAGUUUUGAGUACAGUAUGCUUUACAUUGUUUUCACUUUAAUGUUUUUUUUUUUUUUUUUUUUAGGAAUCAGUCAGUAGGUUAUUUAAAAUGUAAACAAGAAGGUAUUCAAGUGAUGGAGAUGGCGGCAUCAGUCAUUUAGCAGUCUAGAAGUUGCUCCUAGGAUGGCUCUCUGCCCCAGGUUGAGUAAUGUUAAACAGUGUUCUAGCAAAAGUAAAGUACCUGUAUAUCAUAUUUAGAUUCAGAUUCUAAAGCAGGCAGGCAUAAACCAGCUCUAAUUGCAAGUAACUUUCAGAAUAAUCAAAACAAUGUUUGAAACAUGUAACAUGUUUAGCCAUGGUACCUGUCUUUCCUAAAUGUAUUCACCUAAAAUUGUUUAAUAGAGUAUUGACUGAAAAUUAACGUAUACUGAUAUGCUUUGUGAAUCUUGCUAGAACACAUUACAAUGCUUAUAUCUGACACAAACCAUGCUGGUCACCCAUUUAGCUAGGUUUCUUGACUUGGCUUCUUCCUCCUCGAUUGUGUAUGCAAACUAUUUUUUGUAAGGUAGUCAGCCUUUUGAGUUAUUAUUUAAAUUUAUUUUUAAUGAAUGACUCACAAUCCUGUUACAUUUUCAAAAUCAAAGUUUUUUUUUUUUAUAAUGACAAUCUUUUUGGCAGCAGAUGUUGAAUCAAAAAAUUUAGUGAUGAGUGAAGUUGGUAACAAACAUUUCAUAUUGUUGUUACUGUACAGUACUUACUAUUCACACACUGCAUAACUCUCUAGCUUUUGUUUAACCUGAAUAAUUUUAGUGUUGAAAAAAUAUAUAAAAUAUAAAUAUCAAAUAUUCCUUAAAAUGUGUGCAAUCAUAAAAUAAUAAUUUCAAAUCACGUUAAAAAAUCAUCCUUACUUUAAAUGAACAUAAUUGAGUACAGUAUCCACUCGCUUUAAGGACCUGUGGCAUAAUGUAUAGCUAGAUUUAGCAUUGGAAUUUGACAUCAGUAUCUGGAUCCAUCAGCAGUUAAGGCCAGAGUGCCUACUUUGUUAAAUUUAUGGAGCUCGCUGCUCUGUAAAUAUUCGGGCUCAUUGUAGCACAACUUGGCCUUUGCUAGGCCAAUGCUUUCCACAACACUUUCGUAGAGUAAUUGUGGGUGUAAUUACCAAAGUGUUGUUACAGGAUUAGAGCUAUGCAUGUGGUAUCACAUCUUCCCAGUACAUUUUUUUGUUGUGGCACUUUGAAAUUAUUUUUGGGGGGUAUUCACUGCCUUCUCACUUACCAUGUUCCAACUACCACUGCAAAAAGAGUUUUCUCUCAUUUUUAGGGGCACUGUUGUUUCCUUAGCUCGAAUCGUAUGACCAUUUGUUCUUGAAGUUGCAGGUUUCAAGAAUUCUUGUUAUUUUGUAGGUAGUGAUCAUAUUGCUGUGGCAAUGUUAUAUCCAUAUUCCCAUAAACUUUGUCAUAUGGCACUUUGAAACUGCUGAUGGUUUUGACUUCUCCCCCCCCCCUUUUCCCUUAAAUUGUUCCUAUCAUUCACAAUGUUGUUUGCAAAAGGAGACCUUAUGUUUUUUGGCACCUUUGUUUCUAGCCUAAAUCUAUGACCUUGGGUUCUUGAAAUGGCAGGUUUAAAAAUUCCUCUGGCAACUAUGUUGAUUCCUGCCAUUGUAUGUUGGAGGAAGGGUGCUGAGGAGAUAGAGAUGGUGCAGAUGGGCUUAGACAAACUUAGACAAUGAGUGUCAUUACAUACCUCAUUACAAAGUGACUAAAUAAUGCACAUUUUAUUUACAACAGUAUGGGCACAAAAUUAAUCUAUCAAAGCUAUUCAAGGAUAAAUAAAUUAGAAAUGCAAUGAAAUUAACUCAAAAAUGCAUAAAAUAUAUAAGGACAGUUAGUGAAUAAAUACAUAACAAAACUAGCUAUUAUUGUAGGGAAUAAAGACUUCAGUAGUCAGGUUUAUGGGAGAUUUGGGGGAAGGGGUAGAUUAGGGAAGGAUAUUUAUAGCAGCUUAGUUUUUAGCCAAGUUGUUUUGUACUUGUCCAUGAACCCACUUAUCACUAACUUGUGUUAUAAGUCCAUACCGAUAUUGUGCAUACUGCAUAGAAAUUUUAGGCAUUUUAGAGGGUAAGAAGGUUACACAGCUUUUCAGGCAGAGGAAAAUGAAAAAUGUUUGCGUAUUAUACUGUUCUGUAUUAUUGCAGUACAGUAUGUCUGCAAGUUACAUUAUUUGCGCAAUGGAAAACACACUUUAGGUGUCCUGAAAAUUACUCUAAAUAUUACUGGCAUGCAGAUGAUGAGUCACAAUAACAUGGUUGAUAUGAUGACCAAACCACACAUCAAAGUGAAAGAAAUGACAUCAUUUUGAUCCAUCCUGAACCACACGGCUAGAUCCAGGAAAUGCCCGGUCCAGGAUGGACCGAGACGACGUCGUUUCCUUCACUUUCUGAUGUGUGGUUUGGUCAUCUUUACUGACAUUUAACAACCUCAGGAUUAGCUAGUAGGGUAUGGCCCUAUAUAAAUCAUUAAAUCGAGUGUAUACUGUAAUCAAUAAUUUAGUACCUCUGUUGUCUGUGAUAAUUGGAGGUGGACCCAGACUGGUUUAGAUAUUCUUUGAGUGAUUAGAAGAAACAUAAGUAUACAAAUUUGAUAAAAUACUGAACUGGGAUGAUAAUACAGAGGACCACUUGGUUUGCAAACUAAGUUAUCCAAAAGUUCCAGUUUCACAAUCAGGGUUGGGGUUUCACACUUCCAGAACUAAGUUCGGUAAGCGAGGAAGGGUCUGCCAGGCCUCGCGCUGGCCUGAGGUGGUGGGUGGGAGAUGGCCUAGUUUGUCCACUGACCGUGUCGGGUGCCACUCUAGUGCCUUCUGCCUUGUGACAUCACAGAUUCAUGGCCCAUUGUUUUGAUUUGUCACAAUACUGGAGUGUUCAUUCAUUGACUUGUUGGAUAUAUCUGCACAAUCUAGGAACAUCCGUGCACCAUGUCGGUUCCAAAUGCCCGCAUUGUGUCAGUGAUGGCUGACUGGUGGGUGGAUGGGUAGGCAAGUGGGCAGGGAGGGUGGGGGGUUGGUAAAAUGGGAUGGCUGGCAGGUAGGGUUAGCAGGUGGGUGGGUGGAUAUGUGGCUUACUGACUGGCAGGCAGGCAGGCUAGCUAGCAGGUGGGUGGGCUGGCUGGGUGGGUAGGUAGGUAGGUAAGUGGAUGGAUUGGUGGCCAGCUGGAAGGCAGGCAGGGUGGGUAGGUGCAUGGGCAGGGAUGUUGGCUGGGUUGGCAGACUGGCUGGGCAAGUGAGCGGGUGGGUGGGCAGUGUGGAUGAAUGGAUUGGUGACUGGCAUACAGGCUGGGUGGGUAAGCUAGGGUGGGCAAGCUGGUGGGGCUGGUGGGGCAGGCUUUUGAUUGGCAGGUAGGCAGGCUUAGGUGGGUUCAAGCAGGUAGGCGGGCUUGGUUGGGUUCAAGCAGGUAGGCGGGCUUGGUUGGGUUCAAGCAGGUAGGUGGGCUUGGUUGGGUUCGGCCGGGUAGGCGGGCUUGGGUAGAUUUGGGCAGGUAGGGGGGCUUGGGUAGGUUCGGGCAGGUAGGCGUGCUUGGGUGGGUUCAAGCAGGCGGGCGGGCAGGCGAAGAGAGACUAUCACAGACUGUUUGUGGUCAUACCACAUCCCCUCACCUUCCCUAUCCCCUCUACAUCCUACCCAUCUCCACACCGAACCCUCCCAGAAAUAUCCUCCCACCCCACAAGGCACGUGUAGACGGGUAUUAAUAUGGUUCAGAUUCUCGGCUGCCCUCACUCACUGACUGACUGCCCUGACUUAUAUACAAGAAGGUACUUUGCGUUUGCGAGAAUACAUAACGUUGGUGUUCUGUAAACACCAGACUCAUGUUGUUUACAAACUGUGACUCUUGCUACCACAACUGUGAAUGCUUAACAGCCUUUGACUGGUUGUGAUUGUGAAUGCCUGACUGACCAGUACAAUUUGUAUAUAUAGCUUUUGAAAACAAGAUCAAAGGGAAUGAAACAAAUGUCAAUUAAAGAGUCUUUUGCAAAGGCUUCCAAGAAAGCUCACAUUGCCUCACAUGCACCUGACUCAUCACAUGUUGACCCAGAUGCAUCAACAUCUGAGGUUACCUUAUCACCAUUAUUUUCCACUUCAGUCAACCCAACACCAACGUCCACCACCACAUCAUACAUGUAAAUAAUUAUGCUACAUAAACAAUGAUCAUCAACAUAAGUGGAUCAGGACUUUUCUUAUUGGUAGGUACAAACAAAAUACUGUCGCACAGAUGCUAUGAACCUGUCGAUUCCCCCCUUUCCCCUCCCCCUAGAUUUGUUUCCCUACAUUUCUCGUUUCCGAACUUCCACGGUAACCGAUGGGUUUCAUCCCCGAGGGAUUCACAAAGAAAGUGGUCCUCUGUAGUUUAAAUUUCUACUAAAUAUUGAGAAUUUUCAUAUUUGUUACAUAACACAGCACUUUAAUAUAAAUAUAUUUGAAUCUAAAAGAUGACAGUUUAUACAAAUGAUAUUAAGUUAUGUACAUAAUGAACAAACAAUCCAGAAAAUAGGGAGGAGGGAUAGGACUAAAGAACAUGGAAACUGCAUUGUAGGGAACCCACAAAAAAAUAAUGCAUUGUGUGUACUUUUCUCCGAGACUAUGCCCCCCCCCCCCUUCUGACAGCCAGUGGUGGUACCCCCUUAUAUAACAAUAUCUAAAGAUAUCAGUUAUUUAUUUUGGUGUAUUGUAAUUGACAAAUUAUUCAUUUAAAUAAUGUUUCACUUUUCUUUCAGACAAUGCAUUUUGAGGCAGAAUUGAGCAUUAAAAUAAAUUGUGGAGAGCUGUUGUAAUUGUUUUGAUGGUUCUUAUUAUUUCCCAUUUUGUAUGAAAAAUAUAAAUGUGAUUAAGGUUUAACAGUGUUAUAAGUACAGAACCGUACUUGGUUAUUAUUAUUUGAUGUUAGGAUAUGAAUUAAAUGAUUAUAUUUUUUAUAUUUAUAGAAAAAUGCUGGAAUAAACUGUAAUUAUGUUAAACAAAUUUUUUUGUAGCUGUUUGAGGAAUUAAUUCCUGGUCAUACAAAUAGAGAAAUCUAAAUAUGGAUUUUCGUAUGAAAGUAGUCCGCUUAAUACAUGGAUUGUAGUACAUUAUACAAGCCUUCUAGCCCAGUAUUUUUCUAGAGUGCUCAAGAGAGUGAGAUAGAUUUAAGGGAAGUAAAAUGUGUCCAAAAUAACAGAUUGAGCCUAAAACUAUUUACAGGAGAGUACUCAAGUUCAUCACUUAUUCAUGGCGACUGUUUAGGUAGAAUAAGAUAGCAUAGAGUAAUUAUUAUACGUUCCUCUUUUCUGUUUGUUUCCAAUAUUAUUUGUAGUUAUUUUGUAGAUAUUACAGUUGCAGUAAUGAAGCCACUCUUUAAUACCAGAAAAGAUCUUGAAUGUUUUGUUGGGCUUAAUUACAUCUCCUGUAGCAAUGUCUUUUUUUUAACUAGUCUGUGCUCAAAAAGGAAGCAUGUUGUAAAUAGUUUUUUUUUUUUUUUAACAUGUUUCUCUUUUAAUGUGUAAUAGACUUCAAAAUUCCAUCAACAGUAUUUAAAACAUUAUAUUUGUGUAACUAAGUUGACCUAUUAGUAUUGAUCUUAUACAUUUUCAAAAUCUCCAGUUUAUGAAUUCUUUCUAGUAGAGAGUAAAUAAGUAAUUAUCAAAAGAAGGCGUCAAGCUUAGAAAGAAAUGUACCGUAGAAUGACUCAUUCUUUGUUUCUUGGCUACAUACUGUAUUUGCAAAAAUGCAGAUAAAUUUUUUUGUGUAAAAAAGGGUAAAUUAUACACCAAUGAAGUUUUGUAAGUAGUGGUGUCCUGGUCAUUAGGUUAAGCCAGAUGUUUGUAGUACAAGAAAGAUAAGGGAAAACUUAAGGAAAUUUUGCAAUAUCAGACUUUCCUUGCAAGUGCAAACUGCCGGCUAUGCUAUUGUGCCACUGUAUGAGGCAUUGGUCAGAUAGUGGAGUUUGUUUUUGAUGAUUUGAUAAGUAGACAAAGUUUAAAAAUUACCAUAGGUUUUUAUGAACAAAUCUGAUAUUGUGACUUAUUUAAUUGUUCUUAACUGGAGAACAAUAAAAUUGUUACUUUUCUAAAUAUUUUUUCCUAUAAUGCCUCAAAGCAUUUUCUGUAGUUUAUUACAUGUAUUUUUGUUGUAAAAAAAACACUGUAAAAAUCAAACUUCUUGAUUGUGAGGUUAACUAAUGCAGGGGCUUUGCAAAAAAUAAAAUGACUACUAU